AUGUAUUGUGCCGAACGUCGCCGGUUGUCAUUUUUUUCUAUCUAUCUAUCUAUCUAUCUAUCUAUCUAUCUAUCUAAAUCAUCAUCAUUUUUGUUUAUCCAUUCCCUAUUCUUUUCAUUCUAUCUAUUCUAUCUAUCUAUCUAUCUAUCUAUCUAUCUAUCUAUCGAUCUUUUAUCUAUUAAAAUUAUUUAUCUAUCUAAAUCUAUCGUCUAUCAAAAGUAUCUGUCUAUCUUUCUACUAAACUUUCUAUCUAUCUAUCAUCUAUUAUCUAUCUAUCUAUCAUUAUUAUCUAUCUAUCUAUCUGAAUCACAUCACCCUAUUCUUUUUAUCUAUCUAUCUAUCUAUCUAUCUAUCUAUCUAUCUAUCUAUCUAUCUAUCUAUCUAAAAAUCACAUCAUCCUAUUCUUUUCUUUUUGUUAUCUAUCUAUCAUCUAAUCUAUCUAUCUAUGUCUAUCUAAAUCUGAAAUCUAUCAUCUAUUUCUAUCUAUCUAUCUAUUAUCUAUCUUGCGAGGAGAGAAAGAGGAUCACAUGCAAGACGAUCGUGUGUUCGAAAAAAGUCAUAUCUAUCUAUCUAUCUAUCUAUCUAUCUAUCUAUCUAUCUAUCAGUGAUCUAUCUAUCUGUCCGUUCAUAUUAAUUCUUUUUUCAUAUCUAUCUAUCUAUCUAUCUAUCUAA